AUGGUAAACUCUCAAAUCUGGUUAGACCAAAACUAUCCCGCAACUGGUGCUUGCAUAAGAGUUGAAGAUAAAGAAAAUUAUGGCAAAACCAGAGACCAAAUCGUUAAUUUAGAUAUUAGUAAGCAAAAUUUAGAAAACGGUUUACAACUAGGCAGUUCCUUUCCCAACCUAAAAACGUUGAACUGUUCAUUUAAUAGUUUAACUGGACUUUCUUGGAACUUGCCUUCUAACCUAGAAGAACUUGAUGAAUCUUACAAUCUUUUAGCUGGCAACAAUUUUCAUCUACAAAGCUCUCCUAAUAUCAAAAAAUUAAAUUUUUCUCACAAUAGCAUCACUGCAUUUUAUUUUGAAACUCCCAAUUUAGCUUAUUUGGAUGCUACUAGUAAUUUACUUAAUAUUUUGGAUCUUCAUAGCACACCAAAUUUAGUGGAGUUAAAAUGUUCCAAUAACCCCAUUUCUAACCUGACUCUAACCCAAUCAUCCAAACUUGUCCUUUUUGAUUGUUUGGGCGUUAAACUCGACAAAAAUAAUGUAUCAACUCCUACUUCUUCCCCUUUGACUCCUUCAACUUCUCUUUUCCCAACCGUAACAAUCUAUUCCAAAGAUCCCACCCUCCUCGGAAGCAUUAUUGGGCUGG